GAACGCACCCGCGCCGCGUGUCGACUCGCUCGUUCAGUAGAAAGAGAAGUUCGUGCUCCGUCUCUUCUUUCACCUGCAUUUUGCCAAUAAUUUUGUUUCGUUCAGUCAGUCAACUUCCGACAUUUCUUCUUUGUGGUUGUGCCCGAAGUCGUCUAGUCAAAACCCAGUGGGAAUAAAAUUCUCUAUAUAACAAAAAUAAAGGGAAUAAUCUAUCGCUAUGGCUGAAAAGGAAAUAAUAUCAAGUAAUCAAAUUAAUAAUGAUCAAUUCUUUGAAGGUGUUGAAAAGCUAAUAGAAAUUUGGUUUACACCGGCUAAAAAUGCGGAUUUAAGAAAAAUUACACGCCAACAAUGGGAGAAUGUGCUGAAGAUUGUGCGGUGCGAGAUCAUCUCUUUCACACAGAGCGAGCAAGUCGACGCCUACGUCCUCAGCGAGAGCAGCAUGUUCGUGUCCCGCCGCCGCUGGAUCCUGAAGACGUGCGGCACGACGACGCCGCUGCGCUGCCUGCGCGCCGUGCUAGCGCUGGCGCGCGACGUGGGCGGGCACGCGCGCGUGGACAACGUGUUCUACUCGCGCCGCGAGUUCGCGCGCCCGAGGGCGCAGCGCAGCCCGCACGACAACUUCGACAGCGAGGUGGAACUGCUAGAUUCGUUCUUCGGCGACGGGCGCGCUUACAUCAUGGGCCCGGAGAAGGACUGCUGGUAUCUCUACACGCUGCUGCCACUUGAAGGGACAGUAGAUGCACUGGAGAAGGAGGAGCGGAACAGCCGCGAGGCGGCGGGCGCGCUUCCAGAACCUGACCAGACCCUCGAGAUCCUCAUGUCGGACCUGGAUCCAGAAGUCAUGGACAUCUUCACACGUGCAGCAUCCGCAGACGCCAAGCAGGCCACCAAGGUGUCGGGUAUAGACAAAAUCAUUCCAGGCAUGGUGAUCGACGAUUUCCUCUUCGAUCCCUGCGGGUACUCCAUGAACGGGCUUGAUAAAGAUGGCUGCUACAUGACGAUCCACAUCACCCCGGAGCGGUCGUGCUCGUACGUGUCGUUCGAGUCCAACUGCCCGGUGGCGAGCUACGACGACGUCAUCGCGCGAGUGCUGCACGCCUUCCGCCCGCAGCGGUUCGUGCUCACCGUCUUCGCCACCCCGGAGCCGACAGCCACCGAGCCGCGCUCGCUGAAGCGCUUCUCGUCGCUCCGCGAGUACUCCACCACGGACGCGCACUACUGCCGCUUCGCCAACUACGAGCUGCAGUACGCGCUGUUCGCCAAGUUCCCGAGCUGAGGCCCGUCACUCCCGGCGCGCGAGCUCGACACCCGCACUAGACACAACUACAGGGACAUCAACAGCAUUCUAGCCGUAGCGCCGGACCACUGGGCGGCGGCGUGCAAGCCGCCUCCCCUGCUCGCCCGCCUCGCGCGAGCACCCGCAGAACUACUGCGCGCGGCCUGCGCCGUCGCCCGCGCCUGCCAGCAGCGCGCGUGACCGGACAAGCCCGGCGCGGACCUUCUGCGCCGCAAGUACCAGUGCGAACAGUGAACUAGUGUUACUGACAUACCACCAGCCAGGGCAGGGGUCUCUCGACUUCCCGUAGGCCCGGCCCGAAUUGUAUGUAAUUUGGUAACUGUCCCGGGCCGUAGUUUGGAGAUCACCGCUUUAGCGGAUCAUAUUUGUCGUCGGACGUCAAAGACGCCAGCGGAAGCGUUACGUGUUGUCAAAUAUGACCUCCAAAUAGCCGAAGCCCCGCGACGUACGCUCGUAUCGAACGCAGCGUGUGACGCUUGAAGCGUACGCGUGCCGGACUUCGCCAAGUGAGACGGUUUCAGAAGCCUCGCUCGCCACCUUAGCUUCGUGUUAGAUGCUUGCCUCCGUAGUGAGCCCCUAGGAGCUUCUCCUGUACAAACUAAACUAAACUAGAGACCCGCCGCGGUCUGUACAAACUAAACUAAUUGUAAAUAGUUAGCGUAGGGCGCGGCCGUUGUGAUGUAAUGUUCCAUUCCGAUGAAGUGAUUCCCGGGUGAUAUUAUUAUUAGCGUAGCCUGGACGUCGAUGUUCGAGUAUCGAAAUGUAUUUUUUCAAUCGAAUCUUCCAUUUAGCGGAUACUUGGGCGUGUUUUUCGUCUGUAGAAUUGUGUAACAUAUCAUUAAGCCCCCUAGUGGUAGGCGGAUGUGUAGUGAGCGUCGAGAGUGGCGGCCGGAGGACUAUCCAAUCAAAUAAACGAUUUUAUCUCAA